AUGGCGGAAACUUUUUUGUUUGAUGUUGCUAAUUCGCUGUUAGGGAAGCUCACUUCUUUUGCUCUUGAAGAAGUUGCUCGUGCCUGUUACGUGUAUGAUGAUCUUCAAGGGAUCAAAGAUACUCUAUCAAUUAUCAGAAGUCUUUUGUUGGAUGCGGAGGAGAAGAAAAACCAACGACCUGCUUUGCGUGAAUGGCUAAGGCAGAUUCAAGACAUUUGCGAUGAUGCUGAUGAUGUUUUGGACGAAUUUCGUUUGCAACUCAAGCUAAAACAAGAUGUUGAAGAUUCCGGCAGCACAAGGAGGAAGGUGCGCCGCUAUGUUUCUUCCUCUAAUCCACUUGCUUUCCGUUUUAGGAUGGCACAUCAGAUUAAAGAUAUUAGAGGCAGAUUGAAUAAGGCUGCAGCCGAUGGAGCCAGGUUUGCACUUGUGACAAUCGAUGUUGAGCCCAGACUUGCUGUGCAAAGUAGAGAAAUGACUCAUUCACAUGUUGAUAUUUCAAGUGUAAUUGGGAGGGAGAAAGACAAGGAAGCAAUUAUCAAGCUCUUGAAGCCACCUCAUCCUCACACUGUUGGUGAUAAAAGCCUAUGUGUUAUUCCCAUUGUGGGUAUUGGAGGCUUGGGAAAGACCACACUUGCAAAAUUCUUGUUCAAUGAUCAGAGGAUUGAUCAACUUUUCCAAUUAAAGAUGUGGGUGAGUGUCUCUGAAGAUUUUGACCUCAGGAAGAUUGUUAUUAAAGUCAUCAACUCAGCUUCUGCUGCCUCUACUGCUUCAAGUUCUGCUCACCAGAAGAAUAUAGACCACUUAGAUAUUGAGCAGCUACAAAUUGAUCUGAGGCGAAAACUUUCUGGUAAGACGUUUUUACUUGUGUUAGAUGAUAUAUGGAAUGUUGCGCAAGAAAAAUGGAUUGAGUUGAUAGCUUUGUUACAAGUUGGUACAUCUAAAAGUAAAAUCAUGGUGACAACACGGAACAAGUCAGUUGCUUCGAUGAUGGGUCCCUAUUAUGUUUUAGAAGGUCUUGAUAGAGAGAAAUGUUUAUCUCUGUUUGUCAAAUGGGCUUUCAGGGAAGGAAAAGAAGAAAAGUAUCCAAAUCUAGUGGAGAUCGGAAAAGAGCUUGUGGAAAAAUGUGCAGGGGUUCCACUAGCCGUGAGAACAUUAGGAAGUUCUUUGUUUUCAAACUUUGAUUUGCACAAGUGGGAAUUUGUAAGAGACCAUGGGCUAUGGAACUCAGAAAUGAAGAAAGCCCUUGGGUUAGUUCAACCUCGAAAUGGAAGUGAAAAGAUAGAGAGUAUUCUAAGAGAAUAUAUAGACGAGUUAAAUUCACGAUCAUUUCUUGAGGAUUUCAAAGACUAUGGCUACUAUUACAAGUUCAAAGUACAUGAUUUGAUACAUGAUCUUGCAAUACAUGUUGUGAGAGACUACUUUGUAUUGACUUUGCCAACCUCAAUUGCCAAAUUGAAGCACCUGUGUGUUCUCUAUAUUAGAGAUAACCACCAAAUUAAAACACUUCCGCGCUCUAUUUUCAAACUCCAGAGUUUGCAAGUUUUGUCCCUCGUUGGAUGCACGGAACUUGAAACAUUGCCCGAAGGAUUCGGGAAGUUGACAAGCCUUCGAAAACUGUAUAUAACCACAAAACAACUUUUUCUGUCACUGGAUGAAUUUGCAAGCUUGAAUCAUCUUCAAGUUUUGGGUUUAUAUAAUUGUGAAAAUAUGAAGCAUUUGGUCAGCGGGGCAGAAACACUAUUCACUUCUCUUGAAGCAUUGUAUAUUCAAUCUUGUAAGAGCUUGGAGUCUUUCCCUCUUUAUAUUUUCCCGAAAUUGCAAACUCUGGUAAUUAAAGAUUGUCCGAUGUUCAGUCUGUCGUUGAACUAUGAAGGCCCAAUCCGGAGGCAGAGAUUGAGGUUGAAACAUCUGCAUCUUAAGAGUUUUCCACAACUUUUGAAACUGCCUAGAUGGAUUGAAGAUGCAGCAGAGACUUUAGAAACCUUGAAAAUUCGAAAGUUUCCAAAUCUCAAGAUGCUUCCUGAGUUUCCAACAUUAAUGACUCAUCUCAAAAGCCUAUAUAUUGAUCUAUGUCCCAAACUUUUGAGCCUUCCAAGUGACAUGCAUCGUCUCACUGCACUUGAAGAACUCCGCAUUUAUCGUUGUCCUGAGUUGUGCCAAAAAUUACGGCCCCCAUCUGGAGAGUACUGGCCCAUGAUUGGCCGCAUCAAGCGAAUUUCUAUUGGAAAACAUUAA